UAAACGUAGCAGUGGGUAAUUUAUUCCAUGGUGUAUGUACAUAGAAUGAGCGGUAACCAUAAUAAUAAUGAUUAUAAGAGCGUUGUAUAAGUAGAGGAUCGCAGAUUUCUAGUGGGUCUGUAGUAUUCAAGAAGCUCAGAAAGAUGCGGCGUGGCCAGAGUAUUCGGACAUUUAAACACAAUGCGAUGGGUUAUUUUACAAAGUUGGUUAUUCUACUUCUGUGUACCAAUAAUCAUGUUAUAUGCAGUAGAAAUAUAACAGGCAGUUUAAAAUCACGUGAUAACUCAGAUGUUACUGAAGUAGCCUGUUCCAUUUUUACCAUGCUCCAAAGAUGUUCCGACUUACUGAAUGGUUGUGGUCACGUGUGUGAUGAAUUCAGUAAAGCGUGUGAAUGUUCAAUUGGUCGUAAAUUCUUUAUUGCAACAUGUCAGAAAAAUACCAUAUCAGAAAUAGUGACAUUUCUUCGAAAGCGAGGUCCUAUAGUUGAUAAUAAUAAUAAGACCGGUGUAAAAUGGGAAAGUCUUGCAGAAAAUCCCUUAAAAAUAACAAACUAUGUAAUGUCGAACGUCUUCAAUGGUCAACUGUUCCACAGAUAUACACGCAGGAUGCAACACGCCAUCUCUUCUGUUCGUACUUCAGAUAAAAGAACUCUCAGAACAGGUAAAUUAAACAGGCGUCAUCGCCACGAAAACCAAGCAUCGCAAGAUGAAAGAACUAUAGAAUUAUCGUGUUUUUUGUUUACUGCUUCUAAAGAUUGUUCUACACAGUUUACCAACUGCAGCCCUGUGUGUCAAAAACUGGCAGACAUAUGUAAUCAACUGUCCUUUUACAGUAAAUUCUUAUCUUUAACGUGCAAAAAACAUACGUUAUAUGACAUAAUCGCUCUCUACCGAAAUGUCGACGACCAGUUAAAACAAACGUCAACAGACGUGAAAAUAUUUUGGCGGGAUCUUAUAGACGACCCUGUUCUACUAAUGAAAACUAUUGCAACGGGAGCGUCUAAUAAAGGGAUCUUCGCAACACAUAGUGAAGGCGUCAAAUUUCAAAAUCAAGGUGGGCUUCGUAAUAAAACAGAUGAAGGGAAAAAACAACAAAAACAAAAAUUCGCAAAUAAUCAACCGGAACAUGAAACUUCAAAUGUUGAACAAAAAUACCAGGAAGGCCUAGUUAACAAUUGUACAGAUCACUUAGUUCGGGAACAAAUCGGCUCUUCGGAUGUUAAUCGAUUUAAUAGUCUUGUUGUACUCGGCCUUUCAAUCAUCUCAGCUGUACUUAUUUUUCUUGCGUCACAUUAAUUGGUAAUUCAAUUAAAAGUGUACCGGUACCAAAAUUUCAUUCCGUUUAUUUCCCGAUAAGUGGUUUAACGCCGCUUCCUUAUUGGUGACAUCGCAGAUAAAUUUUGUCUUGCUCUACAGUGUAGACAUUCCUUUACAGGGAAUGUUACAUAAUGUCAAAAUCGUGUUUGGUCGACUUUAUAGACAACCCUUCCGGUCAAAACCAUGGUUGCAGAAAAUUCAGGUCAAAUCAAACGCGUUUUUCUAGAGGAACGAAAAUAACAUGUAUUUUAAUUAGAUUAUUAGGUAGGUUAGAUCGUUACAGUACAAACCCCAAUAUAAUCUCGCUAUGUAUUUUUAACAUUUGAACGGGGAAUGUUUCUAUCUUGUAGACUACUUUACUACUCAAAUUCCCCUAGCAAUAAGCAUAUAUGUAUCAUUAGGGUCAAUCAAAUGAAAAAAUUUUUUUUAAUUAUCUUGUAAUUACAAGAUAGCUAUCUUGUUAUUACAAGAUGACUAUCCUGUAAUAAUUAAUUACAGGAUACGGAAAAGCCCAUGAGUAAUUUAUUUCAAGGUCGCCAUGCACUGAUUUUGUCGAAUAGCUAGGCCAACGACGUACUUUAUUUUAUCUUACCGAAUCGGCACAUGCAUGCUCUCCUUAAAGCCACAAAAUGCUAUUAAUAUUUUUCAGACAAUUUCUUUAAAUUUUGAUUUUUUGCCAUUUUUGUUUGUUUUGACUUUACACAGUUUUAUUGUCUGCAGAAGUUGCCGAUUCAAAUCUGUUAAAAAUCGGAGGCAUCCGAUGGCAUCGAGAGUUGAUUAUUGUCUUUUCAUGUUAAUAAAUGUCUAAUUAAUAGUUUGUAUAACAUUUAAGUUCUAAAGAAAAACUUGCAAUAGGAAGAUUUAGCCCUUGCAUAAUGUAUAUUUAAUAAGAACCCACUGACGUAUAUUUAGCUAAAUUUUUAUCACAUUUUUGGCCGUUUUGUUUUCGUUCGUUUUACCUUUACACGGUUAUAUAAGUUCUGGUCGUUUUGGAUUAGCGCCGUUUCGUCUAUCUCUUUUAAACAAGCCGUUGCCAUACUUACGUUUCGCUGAACCUCUUUGAUGCGAAUCUAUUUAAUUCGAUUGAAUCCAAGCCUGCAAAUUAUCUAUCGUUGCGAUCUUCAGUGUUUUUUGGGGUUUUUUUUGCUUUUUUUCGGUGAGUGUGCUUUUCAUUGUAAAUGGUCUAUUGUAGUCUACAUUUAAUUGUUAAAUAUUAUUAUAUAUAUAUCGGCAGUGUAUUAAAUAUAUACAUUAUUUUUUUUUUUAAGUAUGUACAUUAUUUUUAAGUACCGUAUGUAGAUUAAUUUUAAAGCUUCUAUUAUAUGUUGAAAAAAGUAAAAAGCAUAGAUGAAUGAGUUUUGAUGUAUUAUGCAAUUUUUACUUCAGUGUUUUGAUUUUAAUUUUAUGGGGAUUCAUUACAUUUAUUUAUAUUACAUUUAUUUAUGUAACAGUUAAUGAUGUUAUGAUGUGAUUUAAUUAGACCAAUUCGGACCAAUCGGAAAUUUAUUUAUAUUACAUUUAUUUAUAUAACAGUUAAUGAUGCCGAGCCACGAUGGCUAAGUGGGUAAGACGCUGGUUCGCUAGCCUAGAGAUCGCGUGUUCGAUCCCUGCAUUGGUCGAGCAAGUGCAUCAGGAUUUUCUGGCGUGGUUUCCCCUUGUCAGUGGUGCAGGAUGGUGGGCCUGACAAGGACAGCUGUCUAGUCGUUCGGAUGGGACGGAAAACUGAGGACCCGUGUAUACAUUGGUGUGCAUGUAAAAGAUCCUUUGGCAGUUGGAAUUCGAUAUAAGAGUAGGCCAUAGUGCCGCUGCCCUGGCAAAAUUUCCCUCAUAUGCCCAUCUUCAUUAGCCCAAAUUAGACCAACUGGGACCAAAAGUGAAUGAUAAGGAGGUCAAUGGAUGGGCAUAAAAAUUAUCUCAUAACUUUUAGCUCACAAAAAUGUUUGACUUUAAUCAUGACAUUAAAUGGAGUAUUGUCUGC